AUGUCAACACCACACCCAACACCUCGGGCAACACUUCUCUCUACCACCUUUUGGGAAAUCCUUCCGUCGCAUUACGACAAGAUCAUAAACCGCUGGUCAAAAAUCGCACACCUACAUCACGAAGCAAAGUCCGACAUUCUCGCCACCGACCGCGCUGGUGCUGUGGCCUCCAUCAAAGCCGAACUGGAGAUGCUGGAGCAGGAUGUGGAACAGUAUCGGAAGCUGGUGAACAGCAUCGAUAUCACGGAUAUCGCAGGCACUUAUGUUGUGGGUGGAAAUUUGCCGCAUCGCGCAUUGGAGAUCGCCAAGGAAGACAAGGAGGAUUUAGAAGAGAGUUUACAGAUGAUCGAGGAGAAGGUGAAAGAGGUCAGGGCGGAUGUAAGGUCAGCAAGAAAAGAUAUGCAAAACAUGUUCAAAACCACAGCGGCAAAAGUCAGCACAAUGAGCGACGUCCAUGACCCUCAAGACCGCCAACUGAGAGACCUGACAUCCAUAUUAAUGGACCUCGAGGAUCGAGCCGACCGGGUACUGACAAGUCUUUACUUGCUCAAGCAGCUAGACGACGAUUUUCCAGCUAUCGAGACAACCAUAGAGCAGCAAGACUGCGUUGAUAUCAUUCGCUCCCAUACCGAGAAAAUGGAGGCCAACUUAGAGGUCAUGGAGCGGAAGAGCGAGUUGCUAGACGAUGAACGAGUCUGUGACUGGAUGAACAACGGCAGAGAUGACACAGAGAAAGAGAACAGGAACGAGUUUCUCAAUCGAUUAAUCAAGAAGAUGGAGGGUUUGCAGAAACAGAUGGCGGAAGCGAGGAGGGGUUUUGUCGGAUAG